AACACCGUCUUGUCCUCUUUCUCUUGUUCAGUUCUCGUCUCCUCGACCCUCCUUGACGCUCAGACACUCGUUGGCUCGCUGGCCCCAGCUCGAUCCCCCGACACCCCGACGCUCGACUCUCCCCCGACACUCGCUAGGUCUCCAUCAAAACACCUGCAGCCCCGGCACCGUCGACCACCCACACCACCACCUCCUCCCACCACCGACACCAACACCUAUCACUCGCACUCACCCACACCCUCGUUUUCUCUGUGUCUCUCCCCUCCCCCAACCUCCUCCCCUCCUCCGUCCCUUCGACACACAUCGACUUGACGUUGACUCUCCCGACUGGACACUCCUACCACACCUAAACCCAACAAACACCCACGUCUAGGCAACACACCCACAAUGCUCAUCGCACCCAUCCUCUCGGCCGCUACUCUGGCCUCUGUUGUGGCCGCUGGCAGCCACCUUGGCUCGCGCGGCAAGCACAUUCGCCGCAGUGAAGUCGCUUUCCCCGGCCAGAAGCGUGGCUCGGGUCUCCCAGCCUCGGUCUCCAACUCCAAGGCCACUUGGUACUCGCUCACCCCCGAGGAGGGAGGUACCAUUGUCGCAUGCGGCGGUGGUUCUCCUGACAUGAACUCGUACUAUGUCGCCAUGAACACGCAAAUGUUCAACAUGGACCAGUGCUACCAGUGGAUCACCAUCACUGCCAACGGCAAGACUACCUCGGCCCAGAUUCUCGACUCGUGCCCCACCUGCCCCACCUACGGCCAGGUCGACAUGUCGCCCGGCCUCAUGGAGUUCUUUGACCCCGGAAAGAAGGCUGGCGUUAUUACCAUUUCUUGGACUUCGGGUGGCGGCGGCGGUGGCGGCGACAGCGGCGGCAACCAGGACCCCACCACGACGACUACCAAGAACAAGCCCACGCCCACCCCCGAGCCCGAGAGCACCUGGUCGCCCCCUCCUCCUCCUCCUCCUACCACCACCACGACGCCUCCUCCUACCACCACCACCGAGUCGUCGACCACGACUACCGAGUCGAGCACGACCACCACGUCGACCACCACGUCGUUUUCGUCGAGCGCGAGCGCCAACUCGACGACCAUUUCGUCGACUACCUCGCUCAACGCGACCACCUCGCUCCUCAACGCCACGUCCAUUGCCAACGUGACUGGCACGACCUUCUCGCUUGCCAACGCUACUGCCACCCUCGGCCACGACGCAGUGGUUACCGACAUUCCCUCUGCUCCUGCUGGCGGCAACCUGGCCCAGGUCGGCAACCUUGUCGCCAACAUUGGCCGCAUCAUUGUCCUCGGCGCUUCGAUCUAAGCGUCGUCAAUCAUCUGACAUUCACGACACCUUGACGGACUAUGAUGGGCGGUGAACUUGCUUUCACCAAUUCGCACGCACUUUGCCUUUUCUUCAUUUCGCUCUGCACUUUUUGUGUCCCGGUUCUGCGCGAGCUCCAGGAGGGCCCGCCCGACCUGGACGUUGACGGCUUUGGCGUCAAACCCAACCACCUAUUCCCCCCAAACCACAACCACCCCCGCCACCCUACAAACCAGUUCUAUUGUACCUGUCAAUGACACCCCCGCCCCCUACAGUACCCCCUUUGGCUCUGUCUGGACGGAGCGUGCUAGCGUGCUCUUGCCCAGGCGAGUAAUGACCAUAUGCUCAGGCUUCUAUGCAUGGGUUGAUAACUGCGGCGCAGGGAUGUCUGGAAGAGGCUGGGCUGGCUCGAGCGGCGCUUUGACCCAAGACAUCGCAUUUAGAUCCAGCCAAGGCUCGAGCGGGUCAAUGAAAAAGACUAAUGUAUCGUGCCGUAGAUGUACCCUGCAAUGGUUGCAGUAGUCGUACUCGAUGAAGGCACUGCACAAGGUGG